ACUUGAUGGCUCCUACUUCUACGUGAUCGCGAAUAGAAUAGAUAAAGAAAAGAUACGGAUUUUUUUUAAGAGGAGCGGGACAUUAAAACGAUGUUGCUGUGGAUUUAUUUUGGUUUACUCAACCGCACGAGUGCAUGAUUGUGCCAGUGUGAUGAGUUCGAAUGGAUUGGAAUUGUUCAAAAAACCGUAUCCAUACCCUCAGGGCAUGAGGUGCCAGAAGUGUCUGGAGAUGGGACAUUGGAGUUAUGAAUGUAAAGAAAAACGAAAGGAUCUUCACAAAUCAUCGAGACCGGUUCAGUUGAAGAAAGCACGGAAGGAUAUUGUUUCAGGAAAUUUGAAUCCAUACCCUCAGGGCAUGAGGUGUCAGAAGUGUCUGGAGAUGGGACAUUGGAGUUAUGAAUGCAAAGGAAAACGAAAGUAUCUUCACAGAUCGUCGAGAACGGUUCAGUUGAAGAAAGCACUGAAGAAUAUUGAAUCAGGAAAUUUAGAGCCUAAGAAAACAGAAAAAUCUCUCCCGAAAAAAUCAAAAAGAACAAACUCAGGGUCAUCAAGUAGUUCGAGUGACUCAGAUUCCUCCAGCAGUGACAGUGACAGCAGCACUUCGAACUCGAGUUCAGACAGUGACUCAAAUUCGAGUUCAAGCGGUGAGAGCUCCUCGAGCUCGUCCAGCAGCUCUAGCAGUUCCUCUAGCAGCUCCUCCUCGAGCAGUGACUCAGAACCAUCAAAGAAACGUCGCAAAAAGCAGAAACGCAGAUCGUAAUCCUAUCGAUAAAUCUCACGAGCACUAUUUUUCAUAUUUCAUAUGACUGUUUGUAAAUACAACUGAACAAAACAACUCAUUACCGCAAAAUGAAUAUUUUAUGUAUAGAAUAAAGAGAAAGACAAUUUUGUGAUUGAAAUUA